AUAACAUAUUAUCUCAUGUUUUUUAUAUUCCAUUUAGGGUAAACUGUGUGAUGGGGUUGAUAUCCCCCCUCAUCCAACAGCACAGGUAACAGCCAUUGAGUGGCAUCCAACCAAAAGAAUUAUGGCAGUUGGCUGGGAGUCUGGGGAACUCUAUCUUUGGAAUGACCAUGAGCAUGAGCUUCAUGAAAUCCAGUCUCUUCAUCGAGCUCCUAUUUCCAUUCUCAAGUUUAGUGAAGGUGGAACAAGACUUGUGUCUGCAGAUGCCUCUGGUGCUACAGUUGGUUGGCGGGUAGACAACGCAGGAAAUCUGCAGACAGUGUUCACACAUGAACUGAAAGAUCCUCUCGUGCAGAUUGUGUACAGGGUCAAUGUCAACAUGGACAAGAGUCUUCCUACUUUGGAUAUCAAGUAAUAUUCUUGACUGUAUAUAUACAAGUAAUAUUCUUGACUGUAUCUUGUACAGGCAGGCCCCGUAUUAGCAAGAAGGCUUUACAGCCUUUUUGCUAAUAUGGCAGUUUUCAGUUAUACCCAUUCUUCAUUUAUUCAGACUUCCUAUAAUAAAUAUACAGACACUCCUCACUUAAUGACAGAGUUUCGUUCCUAAGACCACAUCGGUAAA